CCGAGGUACACCUGCCGGUGCUCUUGUACGGGAUUUUUCGGCCGUUCCCUUCGCGUGCCCGGAACACACCACGAACGGCGGCGUGUGUGGCUCUCGCGGGGAUUUCGCGGGACGGAUCGCCAACGGCCACGCUCGCCAACGCGUUUCUUAUAUCAAUCGGCAUCCGACUCGUCGCCACUCCGUCCCCACUCCCUUUCUCCCGGCCUCCCCUCGGCAUCCUCCCCGUUGCGUGAGAAACGGAGCGCAAGAUCCAGCGCGCGCUGGUCCAUUUCUCCGGAAUCUGACAAUCGCGCGGAGCAGCAGCGCCCAGAGCUCCCCGGUGCUUGCUGCGUCAUAAUACGCGCGAUCUCGAUUACGGCAUACCUACGGCGCGGCGUCUUCUCGGCACGAAGAGAAAAAGAAAUAAUAACACGGAGAACGGAGGAGGUAAAAACGUCACCGCGACGCGACACCGCGAUCUUUCGCCGCAGGACGCACUUCGAUCACAAAUCUCUCGACAGUCCCCGACCUCGCUCCGAUGCGGAGCCGCGAACGCCGCGGAGGACGGUGGCGUACCUGAUACCAGUGUAGUGAGAAAACAGUGCGUUGUUUAACGUUGUUUCGCGCGCGCGAGUGUAGAACGCGGCGUGAUCGCGGACACGUGUGAGUCGAGGCUCGCGGGCAUCCCCCUUGGCACCGUCCUCGCCAUCCGACAAACGGUCGUGCAAAGAGUCGCGGAAUGUAAAUACGCGCGCCCGCGACCCGCCGCGCCGCGCGCCGUGCCGUGCCGUGCCGUGCCGUGCCGUCGUUGUUGUUACUUGCCGGAUUAUAUUGGCGAUGGAAUCGGAAUCGUUCGCAGAGUGGUGAUUCGAAAGUGUUCGCGCAGCGUUCGAGAGUCGGACUUUAUUAUCCGCGUAUAUCGCCGUGGAACGGCACGCCGGAACGCCUUCGGGAUUCCUUCGCUCUCUAGAGGUAUCGGAAGAAUUUUGCAUCGCCAAUCGUAAGAGGAGCAUCAUAUCUAAAUUUACGCUCGAUCCUCCCGGAGCUCGACACAUCGAUCCGUUCGGUGUCCAAUCCUCGUACACACACAAAAACAGCAGUUCACCACUCGGCACUGCCACCGCCAAAGAUGCUACAUCUUCGAGUUGGUUAUAGCGGAGAAGCGUACUCGAGACUUUAGAAGACUCGAUAGAAUUCUGGACAAAAUGUCGAUGACUGGGAGCUUAAUGGGAUACGAAAACAAUAACGAUGUGAACCAGGCCAAGUGUAAAAAGCCGUUGAAGCCGCUGCCGGUAGUGUCGAGCAUAAGCUCCGGUGGCGUUACCACGAGCACGGGCAAGUCGAAGAGGGCACGAAAAUCUACGAGGAAAGAAUCGUGUAUACGCGGCCAUGUGAACAGCCUCUGGUCCGUCUGGUACGGCAUCCUGGCUGUCGCUUUUCAGGCGUACAUAGCAAUGAGAUACGCCAGACGAUUCGCCGCUUACCUGUCACUACCAUGGCCAGCGGACGCACCACCUCCUAAAAUCGAACUGUACGCCUGCUUGGUGCUAGCCGGUACCGGAGUCGUUCUACUUCCGGUGCUACUUGGUGCGGCGUUCUUGAAGCUCGGCAAUCUCGCGAACGACGGAAUAAAACUAGGCCGACAUUUGAGCGCUUGUUCGCGCGACCCGCCCUCUUCGCUUCUCACUAAUAAUCCCGAUAACAGUCUAGUGAAUAAUUUAUGGAGACACGGUGGUCCUACGGCGGCCUUCGUGCAUCUCUGCACGGCCAUGUGCUUCCUCCUACCCUCUCUGCUCAUGGAAGCGAGGCUAAUACACGCUGGAUUUCUGCCAAAAGAUGCCAUAUGGAGAACCGAUCUGGAUUGGAUGGUGAUACAUCGCGAUCGCUUGGUGUUGCUAAGCUUCAUGAACCCGAUCGGCAACUUCAGUACCAUGACUGGUUCAGUAACUCCUCAACCUUUCGUAACCCCGGAGGAUGGUAUUAACGAGAACCUCGAUGAUCUCACCACUCCAACAUCUAGUUUAACAAACAUUCCUGAUGCGCUUCCUGAUGCUGUCGAGACUCGUACCGAGACAACUACUAGAUUCUCGACCGUUCUCCAUCCAAUCGUCACAGAUCCGUCUUCAUCCCACACUACUUCGAUCUCCAGUACGAUUCCCAGUAAGUCUACGACGAGCACCGAAGCGAUUUCAACGACUCCGAAAACGACAUCGCUCUCGAAAAAUAAUACCGUGAGACGUCCAACCAUGAAACCCAUCACCAGAAACGGCAGUUCGAAGAACAGAUCGAAGGCGAAGAAUCUCACAAGGCUAUCCACCACAGCCAAACCUGCCAAAGCCGUCGGUGGAAACAUGACGGCUCAGACUAUGUCGUUAACAAUGAAUAGUCUGGCGGAUCUCGAUCAUCCCGAAAAUUUGAAUCUGGAGCUUCAAGCAGCCGAGUCAUACGGCCCGAUUACUCUGGAAUAUCUAAAUUACGCCGUCGCACUCGGCGUCUACUCGGUAAGGUACCCUGCCGUCUUCUGGUCAUGCAACAAAGCAUUGGGUACGAUUUUCAGUCUGCAGUUGGUCGUAAAUUCAGCGCAGAGUCUGCUGGCUUACGCUGGAAUGUCCGUCCUUUACAAGGUUCAGGUGGUAGGUGCCUUGAAGGUUCUGCCGCAUCUUCGGCAUCGCACCGUGCCGACAACCAGUACAAUUUCGACAAUAUUUGGAGACUCUUACUUUCUGCUAGAUCCUCCUGUAACUCUCGUGCUCUUCGCCCUUUUGUCUUUUCUAGUGCUCUGCUCCAGCAUGGUCAUGUACUUCUACGCUCAUGGCAGGUUCACGGCGUUUCUGAAUCAGGAACGCGAGCGUCGCGUGAUCCUGUCGAAGGACGGCCGCGAGGGCAACGGCUGGGUCUAUCUGCCGCAUUGCGCCGCGUUCGUCGUGUUCCUGGCGAUCGUGAUCUGCGGCGCGCCGUUGCUCUACGAUUACACGGUGGUGUAUCGCGGCAGCCUGGACGGCGCCAUCCUCGCCUGCAUCAUCGGCAUGAUCCUGCAUCUCCUCCUCUGGCUGCUACUCUGGAUAUUCCUCACCAUCAAGCAACGAUGGACGUUCAAGCUGCGCGUGACCAUCGGACGCGCCACCGUGAGGUCCGCGAGGUCGGUCAAGCUCGUGACCGACGUCGACCUACUGUCGGCGAGGGACGACGAGGAUGGCACCAACGCGCCCUUGCUCGUCGUCGGUAACGGCAGGACUUACACCAUCGCCGACACGUCGCCGAAGAGGGCCAUCAUGAACGUGAUACAGAAGGCCGCUAUGGAGAGGAAAGCCCGAUCGCAAGGCGGAAACGUCGACGGAGUCGACGGCGAAUCGACGGCUGACGGUGAUGAGCAGAUCUACUGGCUUAGGCCGAAAUUACGUCCCUCGCCUACACAAUCCCCGAGCGACACCGGCGGUGCACCGACGUCCGACAAGGGUUGGAAGAAGCUCAAGCAUAAGGUCACCUUUAACGACCUGCCUAGUACGUCAGGCUCGCGUAAUAAGGGAAAAGCCAGACGAGGCGUCGCUGACGGCGGGCCUGACGAUGAUGGAGAUUACGCCACGUUACGUGAAUUACCGUUAAUCACUUCGCUGGACCCUGCCGAUGAUUCUACCUCUGAAGAAAACAAGUUGCUCGAGUGCGUGAACGACGAUCAAGUGACUUAUUACGCGAGUGCGAGUCGUGACCUACAACCGUCGGAGGGUGAUCCUUCGCCCCUUUUGACCCCCGAUCCUCUACCUGAUCCCGCGGAGGAACCGCUUCCAUUGCCACCUCCGACUCCAACUUCCGCACCAACCACCGAUAUUGCCACGGCGCCACUAACUACAAAUGUCCAGAUGAACGGCGGACAGACGCCACGGUGCUUGCGCCGCGCGGAUUCCGGGAUGCCGCACGAGGAGCUGACACCACGCUCAGACUCCUCGAACUCGCCGCCCUUGGACGCAGUGGGCAGCGGCGGCGGUGCCGGUUCGGUGACCGGUCACAGCAACACCAGCAGUAACAGCGAGACGUCAAGCGGCGUGCAUAGUAACGCGAGUAACGCCAGUAACGCCAGCCACAGCAGCUCCCAACGUCGGGCGACCAGCGUAGACGACCUGACCGGGGAGCCGCGCGAGGAGCCGCGCGAGCAAUGGCGCAGUUGCUCCCUUCAGCGUGGCACGCAGCCACCCACAGCGAACACGACUUUCUCGCCGCCCAGCAGUCGCCCCGGCACCAGCCAGUCCUUCUCUUCGCCGCAGUACGUGAACCACGUGCCGCCGUACAGCAAUACCACUAGCAACGAGAUCGGCGCCGGUUGCCCGGCGGUCAUUCUUGAGAACCCGAAUGAGGCGACGGUCGUGAUCCGCCGCAAGCUCUCGAGAACGAAGCUCACGGAUCCACUGAAUCCGAACGAGGAACCGUUCGGCCGGUCUACCAACAUGAGGAUGACCUCCUUCACCGAGAGCAACGACAUCCGCAUACAGGCCUCCUCGGCGACUCUGCCGCACUAUCCCACGCAGCCUAUCGUCACCUAUCCUCACUGCUCCACGAUGCCGCUGCCGCACGCGUCCCACAGUGUGGCCGCGGCGAACAUGAGCGGCGGCUCCACCGGCAGCUGCGGAUCCGUGCCGAGGCAUACCUUCGUGCCGCCGCAGGUCCACACCACUAUGCCGGCGCACACGACGCUGCCGUCGCAUCACAACGGCGUCAGGCUGCUCCACGCGACCGCCGUUGGCCCUGGUAAUCCCUUCGUCAAGAGGUUUCCGCCGGUGCAGUUGCAUACCCAACCCUGGGCCCUGCCGGGCCAUCACACCUUCCCGCAGAUGCCGCAAGGCAACAGCAAGCUCACGGCCACCGCGCAGAUCAGACAGAGCGACCGAGACUCCGCGAACUUCUCCAUGGCCAGCAGCGGAGACUCCGACACGUGUUUACCGCACUAAAAUAAAACGCGCAAAGACUGCAUGAACUCGUAUCGCGUUAGGUAAUACCUGGUAUUUUCAUAAUAACAUUUUCGUGAUGACAAAUGACAUCGGAGGGGAUCGCAAUUUCCAGGCAAGCGUACCGAUGUCACGAUCAUGAUCUCCCCAAAUGCUUAUUCUGAUGAAUGAGAGUGAUAGAAAUGAAAUAGGCACAGAGAGAGAGAGAGAGAGAGAGAGAGAGAGAGAGAGAGAGAGAGAGAAGCUUUUUGCGCGAACUCGAGACAAGCUGCGAAUAUUUUGCUUUGGAAUCGAUAAAUCUCUAGGACUCACGAAAUUGCAAUACGCAUUCAGUAUGUUGCAUUACUUAAUGGACCAUUAGGGAGGAAGCUUUUACGUAUAUUUCAUAUCGCAUGCUCAAACGCUGAAAUUUUAAGGAAAAAGAAUCGGACUAACAGUAAGAUUAAAACGACAUAUCAAUUUCUACCGUUUGUUAACGUAUAAUAAAUGCAUGUGGCAUUCCUUAAAAUACAGAUUAUCUCUAUUUUUUACAAUCUGAUCUCGAUACUCGAUAUGUCGGUCAGAUUUUACCUGGUUAUUUAUGUAUAGGCGUCUAUGAUAUUAACAUAGAGUUUAUUGCAUAAAUUGCGUAUAUACGAAAAAAUUUCCAUUCAUUUGAAUGAGCAAUGUGCAUCAAUGUAAACACGUAAAAAAAGAAUAAGUCGAUGAUAAAUGAUUAUAUAUAUUCCACAGGUAGCUUAUGGAGGUAAUUAAUAAUUGUACGAGUAAUUAAAAGACAUAAAUUCCGUUAUAUACAUAUCCUAUACGUUAUGACGUAUGUCCCAUUUUAUCUUUAAUCUCACAGCAAUAAAGAGAGGGAUAACUGAAAGGGAUAGUGAUAUAAAUUGUAAAACAAUAGACGACUCGGUUAAGAAAUCUUCAUCUUGGAUAAUGUGAAAUAGUUCUAAAUCAUGCAACAAUAAGGAAUUAUUGCAAAAUAUAAGUAAUGCACAUAUAUCACAAUUUAAAAGAGAGAGUUAAGCAGAUUACAAUUAAAAAUAUGAGUAAUAUAAUAGAUCUGUGCUUUCUCGAGUUUGCGCGAACAUCUCUCGGUACGUGUCGACGCGUGCUUGUAGCUAGAAUCACAUUUUUCUCAUGUUCUUAUAUCGCGAGGCGUGAGGAAGAAUAACAGCGAACGGAGAAGAUCAGCGUUUUGCCGCAUUGAAUCCCGGAAGGGAACGGCAGGCGAGAGUGAGAAUAGUUAUCCCAUUUUAGAUACGGAAAAAGUUAUUGUGUUGUCUUAAAUAAAAUUCGUGUAUAGAGUGAAUUAAGGAUAGGCAGUUAAGGAAAGAAGAAUGUGGAAAAAAACUCGGAUCGCCCCUUCGUACGCUUUUCUAUUAACAUUUAAGAUCUUUUUUCCAUCGAUGACUGUAAAUUUUGUUAAAAACGUAAUUUGUGUACAUUGCCAAUUGUUUGUUUAUAAAUGCGACGCGAUGAGUCACUUGUAUGCGAUAAGGCGAAAAGAAGAAAAGCAUUCCCGCAUUGGAAUGCAUAUCUAAACUAUGCGCAAUGCGUUCUUUGUGCGUUUGCUUUUGGUCUUUCUUUUUUUUUUGUUUCCUUUUUAUAGAUUUAUCGAGUUCAUCGAGGAUAAAUGUUUGUUUGUCGAAUCUUCUAUGAAUUGUAUGUUUAAAUAUUUAUGGAAUUAUGGAGGAAUACUGUGCGAAAUAAAUAUGCGGACGGUUUUAUAUGACUGUAAAAUACACAGACGCAGAUUGUAGUCAUACGAUUUUCGGCCUUGGUGAGAUUUCCGGUAUAUACUACAAAUAUACCGUUACAUUAAAUCUUCUUAUGGCCUGAUAACGCUAUACCAUAAUCUGCCAUUUCGAUCGUAAUCAUAAGAUUUGCGAUAUUAGCAGUGCCAUCGAAAUUAAUAUAAGCACACAUAAUUAGACGAGGAACAAGAAAGAAACUGUUUCAUUACCCAUAGAAUUAAAACCCAUGAGUAAAAGAGCUAACUUAAGAUUUACCGCGAAGAUAAUACGUGCUACUUAUUUAUUUGCGAAUGGCUCAGCACUUCUUUACAGUCUAAUAUUCUCUCUUUUGUUAGAAGAACUGCACAAAACUGCAUACACACGCGAAAUUUCAUACAUUUUAUUUUAUAUUGUUUCUCUUUGGAAGAGAAAAACAUAAAAUAAAUUUUUCGCCUGAUUUCUA